CAAGGAAGCUGGCGAUAGAGGCUUCCGGUGCGAUCGCCCGCUGGAUCUCUGACAGGAGGCUCCGUUUGGAAGCCGGCAGUGAUCGCGGAGGAGAAUCGCUUUCUUUCCCGUUAUGGCGGCUCGGCUGAGCCUUCCCGUCGCGGGGCCCGCGGGCGCCUGAGGGACGCGUAAGCCCCGCCGCCUCCGCCAUGGCCGGCGAGGAGCCGCAGAAGUUCCUGGCCCCCGAUGAGCCCAGCGCCCUCCUCUUCUCCGCGCCGCCCCGCGCUCACGGCGCUGGCGGCGGCCUCGGCUUGUGCGAUGAGGGCUCCGCCUGCCUGGACGUCAGCGACUUCGGCUGCCACCUCUCCUCCUGCCACCGCACGGACCCUCUGCGCCGCCUCCACGCCCACAGGUGGAACUUGACUUCAUGUGGCACGAGUGUAGCCAGCUCUGAAUGCAGUGAAGAACUGUUUUCGUCUGUCUCUGUCGGUGACCAGGAUGACUGCUUCUCACUUUUGGAUGAUCAGGACCUGACAUCUUUUGAUUUGUUCCCGGAGGGUAGUGUCUGCAGUGAUGUCUCUUCUUCCAUUAGUACAUAUUGGGACUGGUCAGACAGUGAAUUUGAAUGGCAGUUGCCUGGCAGUGACAUUGCAAGUGGAAGUGAUGUGCUUUCUGACAUCAUACCCAGUAUAUCAAGCUCUCCCUGCAUGCUCCCAAAAAAGAAAAACAAGCACAGGAAUCUUGAUGAGCUUCCAUGGAGUGCAAUGACUAACGAUGAACAGGUGGAAUACAUUGAAUAUCUGAGUCGUAAAGUCAGCAUGGAGAUGGGGCUUCGAGAGCAGCUUGACAUCAUUAAAAUUAUUGAUCCCACAGCUCAGAUUUCUCCUACAGACAAUGAGUUUAUUAUCGAACUAAAUUGCCUCACUGAUGAAAAGCUGAAACAGGUCAGAAAUUAUAUCAAGGAGCAUGGCCCCCGGCAGCGGUCUGCAAGGGAGAACUGGAAGCGAAGCAGCUACAGUUGUGGCAGUGCCAGUGGAGUGAGCGGUGCCAGUGCCAGCAGCAGCAGCGCCAGCAUGGUCAGCUCAGCGAGCAGCAGCGGUUCCAGCAUUGGCAACUCUGGUUCAAACUCCAGCGCUAACAUGAGCCGGGCUCACAGCGACAGCAACUUGUCUGCAAGUGCUGCAGAGCGAAUCAGGGAUUCAAAAAAACGUUCUAAACAGCGCAAGCUUCAGCAAAAGGCUCUGCGCAAGAGACAACUGAAAGAGCAACGGCAGGCUCGAAAGGAGAGACUGAGUGGUUUGUUCCUUAAUGAAGAGGUUCUUUCUUUAAAAGUCACUGAGGACGACCAUGAAAGAGAUGUGGAUGUCCUGAUGUGACAGGGGUGAUUUUUUAUUUUAUUUUAAAUCAGUGUUCUUUCUAAGCCUUAAGCCUAUUAUAUUGUUUACAUAUACUUUUACCAAAAUUUUGAUUGGAGCUGGGGCUAGUUAGCCUGUGUCCCUCAUCUAUAGUUUAAAAGCAAAAAAAGGCAUGUGAUAAGAGAUUAAGAGGAUACUUAAAAAAAAUAAAAAUAAACUAAGGCUAAUUUAUUUUGCUUUCAAAUAUCUGUGAGUACUUUACUGAAAAGUUUGCAUUUCGUUUGUAAUUCCGCCUUAACCAGAUAGAUAUAAUAGUUGUUCUUUGGGUAAGAGUAUUUCCCCCUCUACCUGCUUUUUGGCCUGAAUGGCUUAAUGUUAUUUUCUUUUAAAAACAAAACAAAAAACUGCAACUCCAUUAAUAGUUAGUGGGUGACACGUUCUCCCAGUGGAUGUGACAGGAUUGCCCUUCCUUCUCCUCCCCCCGUGCCCUCCCCAUCUGCUCUGAAGGAUCCCUCAGUUUUUGCAGAGCAGAUUUUGGGAAUGUUGGGGAGGGCUACAAGGGCAAGUCCUGUUUGCACAAGCAAGACACUACAGUUUCACGUCGCACAUUUUUGUUCCUAGUGCAAAUCAUAUCAAGGCUUUAAGGCUACACAAAAUCAUUUUUAAAUUUAUUGAAAUAAUUAUUAUUUAAUUUUUAUUUUGCCCUAUGCCCAUAGAACUCAGGGCGGUUCGCAACAUAAAAUUACAAUAAAAAAAAGAAUACAUAAUAAAAACAGAAACAAAGAAACCCCAAUAAUUCUCCCAUGCCUUCAUUUACUGCAGGGACUGGGGAACCUUUUAAGCCAAAUGCACCCCAUGACUAACGUAUACAUGGCCCACAAGGGACUAUUGAACCUGCGUUUCUGCUUGCCAGGGAAUUCAAAACCAGGCAGGCAGAAAGUGCUUGCAAGUGCCUGUCAGGCCAUGAAAUAUGGCUACAUAUAGCCGGGUGGGUCAUUCAUGGUGUGAAGGCCUGAUGUGGUGUUACAAAGCAAUAGGACAAUCUGGUGAAGGAAACUUCUAGAAACAAAUUCACAUUUCCUCCCUCUAGAUGCAUGUGUGUAUAUGUUCCAAAUCACUGUAGUGUCAUGUGCCUUAAAAUUUAUUUGAGACCUCUUCUUUAAAGUGAAGGUUUUGAGGAGAACAUUGCAAAAUUGAAAUUAAGCAGAUAACAUUUUCCUGGUGUUUCAAAAAGAUAAUAAUGUUUAUUUCUCAAAGUCCUCUUCAGCUUUUUUGGGGAAAAAGGCAGCGGUUGAGAGAUUUCCAUCCUGACCUUAUGUUUUUGCAUAAAACCACAUAUUUCUUUAUUCAGUUUCAUGGUUAAAGUGAUCUCAUUUGGUUAAUAUUUAUGAGUGGUUUCAUGACAUUAUUUGCUAUAACAGAGUUAAGCAAGUGUGUUUAAAAGACCCGUUGCACAUCUUCAUUACUACUGCCUCUACAUUGUUUAGCUUUCAUAGCGUCAAUCUGUGGGAGAUGCACUAAAUUCAGCGUUAUGUGCAUCCUCCAAUACCAGCUAGGAAGCACCUUCUUCCAUUUCCGACUAACCUCUGUUUAUUUCACUUGAAGUGUUUUCGAACUGCUUAGUGUAAGCUACUGUUUGUCUAAAGACGCCAACUCAAAGUUGGUUUCUGAUCUUGGCUCUUUUGCAUAAACCAUGGUUAAAAGCAACCGUAGUUCCCAACUCAGGUGAAAGUGGCAAACUCUGGUUAGCUUAAAACUGAAGUGGAUGUUGCUGAUCUCUGUAUGGCCACACUGGAUAAAGAGAUAGAAGUGGGGAGCAGGUUCAUGCAUGUAAUGCUAAGCUGUAGUUUAAUGUUUCUGAAUCACAUCUAACUUUUAGGAACUGAUGAUACUGUGGGUAAAUUUCAAGUAGUUACAAGUGUUGGACAUUCACUAGAUAAAGGGAUUUCUACUUUAAAAGCAGUUCUUAAUGAUGUGAUACUCCUGGCUCUAAUUCUAAAAAGUUUCUACUAAAGUCUUGUUUCAUUAGGCAAUCACACAUAACACACACACAUACCCCUCCCCCAAAGCAGGAAACAUUUGUUUUGAAGUAGCUCAUAGGUCGCAGGUAAGAUACUUUGGAGUAAAUAGGAUAAGACCACAGCCAAAACUCAUCAUUAUGGCAAUUUUUUUGAGUGUUUGAUCUAUUUUGCCUCCCUCCUAGAUCUUGGUUUUUGUAGCUGAAUGGUUGCAUAACACUUUAUAGUUUCCCUUUAAACCCCCACCCCCAUUAAUCUUUAUUUUAUUGAGCACAUAAUGUACUGUGUUUAAGGUGCUUCUCUGUCUAAACUGAACACACUGGUCACUCCGUGAACAUUCAUUUUGAAUUAAACUAGCAUUGUAAGUGAAAAUGAAACUAUAGCUGAGCCCCAACCCCAUUCAUACACACUUGUUAUAGAAUGGAAGCAAGUUGGGGGGUCUGCUUGGUAGACUUUUGUCUGGGUCCUAUUUAUCUUGAAUGCUUUACAAGAUGCAUAAAUAAUUUAACUAGUGAAAGUGAGCAAAUACACAAUUCACCUUCUUUGGAAUUGCUGAUCUCACAAAGCUUAGAAGGAGCACUGAAAACUUGAUUGGAAAAAAAGUUGUUCUCUUAGCCUAAUAAGAUCUGUUUUACAUCUUGUUCUUGCAUCUGCAUUGGUUUCAUUUUCUGAUAGAAAUGUUUGACUGAAAUAAAGCAGUGACAUUUGUGUAAGGCAGGAUAUAGGAUGCUAUACCCUGGUUCUGUUCAAAAUGCUCGCUGAAGUUGGCGAUCUCAACAUUUAAAAUGAUCUUGUGGUUCGCAAUAAGUUUUUGUUUUGUUUUUUCUGUAUGUUGGUCAAAGAAAACCAUAGAGAAUUUCUCACACAAAUAUUACAUCAGAUUGUAUAUAUGACUUAAAAACCCCUUAAGGCUGGUGUACAGCACUUGUAGAAAAUGUUAUAGGACAUUAGCCAAAUUUCUUACUAAUGCUGAAAUAAAAGGACCUGUUAGUGCUCAUAUUUUUCCCACCCCCUUGGCACACCUGCCUUCUAAAUAUUAGCAUGCUGUUGACUUUCUUCCUUUUUGCAAACAGGUUUUCCCAGUAGAUCAGAUUCUCAUCACUUAUCUGGAAACCUUAACUUGUGGGUGACUAGCCUGUGGCCCUCCAUAUGCUCUUGGGCUGCAACUCUGCUGAUCCCUCAGGCUGAUAGGAGGUGAAGUCCAACCACAUCUGGUGGAUGCACAGUUUAGCCACUUCAACAUGUUGGAUCAGUAGUAUUAUACUCCCUGUGUCUUGCAGAUUAUUUUGGAUUAUUAUUUGUCAUGUUGGCCAAAAUCAGUGCAGCAGGGGGGCAAUUAACAUUAUAACCUGAGCUGUUAUCAGAUCAUGUGCAUCAUACUGGAUCAGAAUGCAUUGGGUGUGUGUGUGAUGGUUUGUGACCGGGGGGGGGGGAGAUUAGAGAGAUGCAGGGAGCAUCAAAUAUGUUCAGAAACAUGGUUGAGAGUUGCUUCGUAAGGGCCAAUGGCAUUGGCAUUCUGAGGAUGUGUGCUUCAUAACCAAAGCAAAGAAGAUGUUUACCUUUGGCAAUAUACUUCAGAUGGUCUUAAAUACAAAUAGAUAUAUUAAAUCUGGACUAUUUUCCAGGUUCUCUGCAAAAGUGUAUUGUAUGCUGAAAUGCACAUGUACAUACAACUGUUUGCUGUACAUUCUGUAUCUACUCACUAUGAUGUUUGUGGAAAACUCUGUUCUUUCUUUAUUUUUUGAUGUUGUGAAGGUUUUUCCCAAUAGGAUACUGUUUUACUUUUCUCCCCCUUAAGCCCUUAAUUGUACUUUAAAUUAGUGGAUAUGAUAGUUUGGAAUAAUAUUAAAAUGAAACAUAAUAAUGCAA